UUGACCCCGCCGCCGCCGUGACGUCAGAGGUCGACCGGACGAACGGCGGGCCGGUCUGCCAUUUUGUUAAAAAAAAAAUUUCCCGCUUUUCUUUCUCCUUCCGGCGGUCCGGCCAACGUUUCGGCUCCGGUCCGACCCGUCGCCCCCCAACGCGCAGCAGCCACUCGGGUUCUUUAAUAGCGUCUACUCCCGCCGUGGCUAAUAAGGAUCACGAGUGUCUGCGAGCUGAUAAGCCACAGGAACCCUGCUGAUGCCCCCCCAAAAAGCCCCCCCCCCCACCACCACCACCACCACCAUCAGCACCGUCGACCACAUCAACUGAUAACAGCUGCAACGCUCCGGCGUGUUCUUCCGCGACGGCGGCGGCUUGACCUCGUCGCCGGGGAAGCGAGCGGGCAAAUCCGACAUACGCGCGCACACACUGGUGGCCCGUGAUUGGCUGGUGACCGAAUCGGGGUGUGCCCCGCCUCUCGCCCAAAGUCAGCUGGAAUCGACGCCAGCGCGCCCGCCGCCCUUGUGAUGGAAAAACGGGAGAAGGAAUGGAUGAACGUUCAACAACAACGUGGCUGAGAAGAUCUGCCGGAGAGCGAAAGCCGAGAGGACGGCGCAGGUCCCAGGUCGACGGAGGACCAUGUUUGUCCCCCUGCCGCUGCCCUUCGUCUUUCAGAGAACCGCGUCCGACUUCAGCGCCUGGAGACUCAAGACGUCGCCGGCUCCGCGGGCCAGCCCCGAGAUCAGGAUGUCCAAAGCAGAGGAGGAGAAGGCCGGGUCGGACUUUCCCGGCGACGGCUCAGACUCCGAGAGUAGCAGUCCCGACGGCCAGUUUCCGUCGACGGAGGGCGGCCCGUUCGGCCUCUCGCCCGCAACAGCCGGCAAGGCGGAGGAGAGUUGCGAGAUGAGCCGCAGCGACGCGCCGCCGCCGCCGUCUUCGCAGCAGCAGGCGCAACUGAUGCUGGCCGGGAGCCAGUUGGCAGGGCUGGCGGCGCUCCUGCCGGCCCAGCAGCAGCUUCUCCUCCAACAGGCGCAGGCUCAGCUCUUGGCCGCCGCCGUCCAGCACCAGCAGAACCAAACGGCUCAGCAGCAGUUGCACUUUCAGCAGAGCGCCAAGCAGGACGUGACCGUUCAAGCUCCUCCUCCUCCUCCUCCUCCGCCACCGCCUCAGCUGGCCCUCUCGCAGCCAAUCCAGCUCACGGCGCAGGACAUCCAGCAGCUGCUCCAGCUCCAGCAGCUGGUUCUCAUGCCGGGCCACCCGCUCCCGUCCCCGGCCCAGUUCCUCCUGUCGCAGCCGCCCCCCCGCGCUCAGCAACAACAGCAACAAGCUUUCUCCACCCAAAAUCUAAUCCAGCUACCUCAGCAAAGCUCGGCGGGCGCGCUGACAACGCCGUCGCCCCGCCCGGCCCCCCGUGUGCAGAGAGAGAAGAGCAGCGAGUUCAGCGGGAGCGUCGGUGCCUCGGUGGCACCCACGGGCGGCGGCGCGGCGGCCUCGGCGGUGGGCUCCUCGUCCGCCUCGGGCGGCACGACGGUGGCUUCCUUGAACUCCGCGUUGACCCCGGGGGGUCACGUCGGGCACCUGGGAGAGGAGCCCAGCGAUCUGGAGGAGCUGGAGCAGUUUGCUCGCACGUUCAAGCAGCGACGCAUCAAGCUGGGAUUCACACAGGGCGACGUGGGCGUCGCCAUGGGCAAACUGUACGGCAACGACUUCAGCCAAACGACCAUCUCGCGCUUCGAGGCCCUCAACCUGAGCUUCAAGAACAUGUGCAAGCUCAAGCCCCUGCUGGAGAAGUGGCUCGGGGACGCGGAGAGCAUGGCAGUUGACAGCAUGCUGCCCAGCCCCUCGUCCAUCUCAUCCCCGCUGCUGGGCUUGGAGGGUCUGGCGGGCCGGCGCCGGAAGAAGCGCACCAGCAUCGAGACCAACGUGCGCGUGGCGCUCGAACGCAACUUUAGCGCAAACCAGAAGCCCACCUCGGAGGAGAUCCUGCUGAUGGCCGAGCAGCUCAACAUGGAGAAGGAGGUGAUCCGAGUGUGGUUCUGCAACCGGCGGCAGAAGGAGAAGCGGAUUAACCCGAGCAGCAGCGGCACGCCGCCGCCGCCGCCCGGCCGGGUCUCGCCGGCCGUCACGCACAAAGCCCCCUCCUACGGCCCCCAUGUGAUUUCCAGUCCGGGUGUGCCCCAGGGCGGCGGCGGCGGCGGCGGCCUCAGCACAACAGCCGCCGCUCUGUCGCCGUCGCCCGUCAGCUCCGUGGCAGCGGGGUCCACGUCCUCUUCUUUAACUCCGCCCCCUCACAGCACAGCUAGCCCCGCCCCUCCGGCUCUGGGGGCUCACGGGCUCAACGCCGGGAACACGAUGAUGGGAGUAAGCACAGGAAUGAACCAAGCGUUCAUGGGCAGCAGUCCGCUGGCUACCAUGCAAGUGCUGGCAGCGAGCGGCGGUCAGCUGUCAAUCAUGGAGACGGGAGCGGGUCGCAUGAUUCUGGGCGCCGGGCCCGGCGGGGUGCCGCCCUCGCUGCGCUCCUCGCUCUUCCUCAACCGCCCGGCGCUUCUGCCCAUGGUGACGGGCUCCAUCUCCAUGGCGACAGCGUCCCCGCCCGCCGCGGGGCCGGCUGGGGGCGCCUUCCGUUCGGCUUUCGCCCGCUCUCCUCCCGCCGGCGCCCUCCGCCUCCCGGGCCCCCCCUCCUGCCCCGACGACUCCCCGUGCUCCAGCCCCGCCUCUUUCUGUUCUUUCGGCGAGGCCUCGCCGCCGCCCCUGGGGGGGGCCACGGCCGAGUGACGGCCGAUCGGGGAAGGCGGGGGACGGGAACGGAUGCUUUAAAAAUGUCGCCUUUCGGCGGAAGCCAUCGCUUGUCCUCCCGAGCCAAAAAAUGUACCCAAAGGAUGAGAGGAGGGCCGGCGAGGCGGCGGAGAAGCGACUCGAAACCAAAAAACAACAACAACAAAAACUGUGGAGCUGGGAAGUGGCAGGAAGUAGACCAAGUGCAUGACGGGAGGCGACCACGAUGACACCAAAAACCAAAAUCUACAAAUACCAAAAACUCAAAACCAAAUAGAGAAAGACAAAAAAAAAAAAAAAACGGAGAGAAAAGCUUUAGACGUUCGCAUUCCGAUCCAUCUGGGAUCGACUUUCCUCGACGCCAUUUUCACGCAUUCCCAUUUCACUCAGGGCAAAUUCAUUCCAUUUUUUCAUGUUUUUGUUUCCUCAUCGCAGUGUGACGGUCACGUGCGACCGCUCUACCUCGCCAGCCAUCAGGAGGAGCAGGCAGGCGGCCAGGCGGGCUGGCGGGCCGACUUUGACGCAGACUUCGGGGCCCUUAUCGGGGAUUCGGGGGGGGGUGGGGGACUUGUUCAUGUUGCCCGAUGAAAGCAGGACAACAGUCAGAAGUUGUGAAGCCGAGUUUAGAGCAUUUUGAGCAGGAUUUCGAGACCCACACAAUAUUGUUUGGGACAAUAUGAGCGUCGAAGCUACCCAAAGAGAGGAGAUUCCGUUCUUUCACUUUAUUUUUUUCCGCUCCACGACCGUCAUCUUUACUCGCGAUGGCGGCGCACACGCUCUACUCCCUAGCGCAGUGUGAGGUGCUUAAACUUGUCUAGUAACGUCCAACCGACGGCACGACCCGAGGUUGGCGCUUCCCUUCUCCCAAAGAUGCGCUGACUUCAAAUCUUUACGCGCCGCCAUCUACAGGGAGCUCUUGGUCAGGACGACGGGUCUACCGAAAAUGUAUUUGACGGAUAUAAACGUCAGUGGUGGUAAAAAAAAAAAAAAAAGUUUACAUUCCAGCGGACGAUUAGAAACGUUUUGGAGGUGUUCACGGACACCCACUUAAAGAUCAACUCCAGAAUGUCCACGCGGCGACAUUUGAAAUGAGGGACGCCUCGAUUGGAUGCGUUUAUCAAACGCCCGCCCGCUCGUUCGCCCGCUCGUUCGUCUAUAUGCUUGCCUUAUAUUUGCUGUGCCAACCCCCCGACCCUGCAAAACCAGCAACAAAACAUCUCCCAGUCUAUCAGGAAGUUUUUUUCAUCUUCAUCGUCUUCAUCACCAGCAGCAGGAAGCUGAAAGUUUGCUCAAACCAAAGUUUUCACGCGCCCGACGGCCAAACCUUUUCAUUGAUUGAUUUAUUUAUUUAGGAUUCAUUAUUUAUUUCGCGGCAACGGCCUCCAUACUUCAUCACCGUCUCCAUUCCCUCUCCCAGAUGACCGUCACUCUCGGAUACCAAAGUCUGGCCCGUGGCAGCCGCGGUCGCACCUGAGACCGCAUUGACUGAAGAAGAAGAAGAAGAAGAAGAGGAGGAGGAGGAGGAAGGGCUGAAGCGCUGCCCUGCCCUCCAUCCUUUCCUCCUUCCCUCCCUCCAUCAUUUUGUCUUCGCAUCAAAGGACCAAAAGAUGAGGAAGGAGGAGGUGCUUCAGGUGCUCGAGGAGGGAGGAGACGCACUGGGAGCCCAAAAGACGAGAAAAAGAAGCAAAAGUGAGGGCUGACACCCUGAAACCAAAAAAAAAAAAAAAAAGGAACAAAGAGGAUGGCAACGGGGGUGGGGGGGGCUCGUAUGCCCGUGAAGGCCUGCCAUGGUUUCCCCCCCCUCCCCCCUUUUUUUUGAAGUUUUCCUUCCUGGACUUGUUGUGACUCUCAGAGAGGGGGAAAAAAAACAAAACAAAAAGAUGAUGAAGAUGACGUACGGGAUCUGCCUCAUUACUUAUGCAGCGGGGGCGGGGCUUGGGAUGUAUUUUCAUAUCGUUUGCUGCUCAUUUCUUUCCGAGCUGAAGUCGUCGCUUGGCGCAAAAAGAAGACGACGGCGACCAAAAAAAAAAAAAAAGCCAAAUGCCAAACAAACCCAAAGUUUUUUUUCAACGUCGAAGCCAAACCGCAAGAUUGGACGUGUGUGCCAAAAUACAAUAAUUCAUAAUGACCGAUAACACGUACGAGCCGGUGGUCAUCCUCUUCAUCACUGUGACGAUUUGAUUUGUGUACAUUCUAUUAAAUGAUGUGGUUGGUAGUGCUUGUAUAUCAUUUGAUAGAUACGAUAUUAAUUGAUCAUUUCCCUCCUAUUUUCACGUCUACAUUUAUUGGCGUAAUAGUCAAACUUAGAAUAAUAAUCACAGUGUCGGUGGGAGGAAAAACUACAUUUAAGAACCAAAAAGCUUUACACGGAAAACUUGUUGUAUUUAUUGUACAAAAUGUCCCUUUGCACCCUAUUUAUUUAUGUAUUUAUUGUUGUGUUUCAAAGGCCUUAAGAUUAUUUUUCAGUACUCGUCUCCAGACAAUUUUUUUAUCAUUUUUUUUUUGCAUUCAAACAGCAUCUUCUGAGCAUUUAGUAAGAAAUUGUACAAAAGUGAGAUGAAAAUUGUUUUCCAAAUAUUUCAUUCCACCGAAGGAUUUUGUACAAAAUCGCUGCAAACUUUCAAGUCCAACGUGGGAAAUUCUUGUCCAACGAGUUGAGUCACUUUUUCGCGUUUUUCUUUACUUCACGAUUGAGUCGCAUUUGGAACAGUACUCAAAAUAAAUUAGUAGAGAAAUGUAGUAAAAAAUGUUUUGCAAAUAUGUAUGUAGUAGGAAAUGUAAAAAAAAAAAAAAAAGUGCAAACAAACAAAUAAGCAAAGUUUAAAACAAAACAAAAAAAAAAAAAAUCAUAUUUCUCCAAAAUGUCUGCAGCGGCUACGCUAAAAACAUCAUUUUUUUCCAAAUCCUAAAUUGUGAAACGAAGAAAGCGGCCCGCUGAACAUUUGGACCGGUCGGACUUUUGCUCGGCGUCCGUUUCGUGGACUUUGGUGCGUCGGAAAGUUUUCGCAUUCUCCCAAAUCAAACGUGCGCGCGUUAAUGACGAGCGUCAACUCGGGAGGUCCGCAGUCGUAGAACCUUCAGAAUGGGUUUAUAAUUUUUGGGCUUUUUGUUUCAUCUUUUAUUCUUUUCAAUCUGACUCGGUUUGCUUUGAGUAUUUUUGCAGCUUCAAUCCAAAGUUCAAUGAAGUAGACGGCGAAAAAGAAAAAAAACCCCCAAGAAAACCAAAAACCAAAACCUCAAUAGUCCAAACCAAAGAAGUCACUCACCUCCCUCCACCUUUAGUUUCUUGUGACGUAGAUUCCCGCCUUUCUAUUGAUGAUGUGACAAAGGCCACUCCGGAUCUUUGAAUGUUGUUGUUGCUUUUUGUUGAAUUUUGUAAACCCGGAUGUUGUUCUGUCUUGAGUUUCUGCAUCGCCCGGUUUGUGUGCCUGUUGUUUCCGGGAUGGGGGGGGGGGGGGCUUCCAAGCCAACGUGU